AUGGCUGGUGACACAGUCUCAGGGGGUCCUGAGAACGACUCGGGGGACUAUCCUCUGACAGCUCCAGGUCCAUCCUGGAAGAAGUUCCAGGGCAGCUUCUGUGAGUUUGUGGGGACAUUGGUCUGUCGGUGCCAGUACAGCCUCCUCCAUGCUGGCUGCCCUGUGGACAGCCUCAUCUCCCUGCUCACUGGCCUCUCAGACUCACAGGUCCGCGCCUUCCGUCCCACUAGCACCCUGGCUGCUGUGAAACUGAUGACCUCCCUGGUAAGAGUUGCCCUCCAGCUGAGUCUGCACCAAGAUAACAAUGAGCGUCAGUAUGAGGCUGAAAGAAACAAGGGGCCAGGGCAGAGGGCACCUGAGCAGCUGGAGAGCCUGUUGGAGAAAUGCAAAGAGGUGAGGAGUGUUCCCUGCUUCUUCCUUCCCUUUUUCCCGACUUGCACCCACUUCUGCCACAGACCCCCUUAUCAGGCCCUGGGCAGUCUUUCAAGAUCAUGAAUAAUGGAGUCUGGCAAUAGU